AUGCGGUUUUCUGAGAUUUUCACCUUGGUCGCUUGCCUUGCCACCACUGCAAUGGCCGGCGCUGACGACGUUGCCCCCAAGGCCUCGCCCGAGGUGUUGGUAUGCGAACAUGUUGGGUUUGGAGGACAGUGCAGAUACCUCAAGGCUCCUCUAGGCGUGUGCCAAAACGUGCCUGCGGACCUCAAUCACAAGGUCUCUUCCGUUGGGCCCAACCAGGCGGCUGGCGUAUGCCGCUUCUACGAUGAUUUCAAUUGCGCGGGCAAUAGCUUCAUCUCGGCCUUUCCCGGAGUCGGUGACAUUGUCUCGGUGUACCCUGCGUUCAAUGACAAGAUCAUCUCGUUCAAGUGCACCAGCAUCUAG